AAGACUCGGAAAUUAUGUGAAAUCCAACAGCAUCUCUCCUGACAGUGGAUACACACAAGAAGUAAUCCCCAGAGGCUUCAGCAGCCUACAAAACAUGGAGAAUGACCAGCACCCUGGGAGCUCAGACUGGAAUAGGCAUCUUGAUGCCCACCACAAAGAGAAAAUGGAAAAUGAAGCAGGAGCAACAGCCCCACUCCAUCCUGAUCCCUUCAGCCCAAGACCAGAGAAAGACUUAAAUUGCAGCAAUGACCCAAGUUCUAACUCUUCCAUGACCACAAAGGAGCUCCAAGAAUACUGGAGGAAUGAGAAACGCCACUGGAAGCCAGUCAAACUGCUCUUUGAAAUCUCAUCUGCCAGAAUUGCAAAAAAAUAUCCUUCCAAAUAUGUGAUGUACAAAAUCAUCAUCAUCCAGACAGGAAGUUUUGACAGCAACAAAGCCAUCCUGGAGAGGCGGUAUUCAGAUUUUGAGGCCCUCCACAAAAACCUCCUGAAGAAUUUCAGUGAAGAAAUUGAAGAUAUCAUCUUCCCCAAGAAAUACCUGACAGGCAACUUCACAGAGGAGAUGAUCAGUGAGAGGAAGCUUGCCUUCAAGGAGUAUCUGAGUCUUCUGUACUCCAUCAAGUGUGUCCGCCGCUCCAGGGAGUUCAUUGACUUCCUCACCAGAGCAGAGCUGAAGGAGGCCUAUGGUUGCCUCAGGGCAGGACAGUACAUCAAGGCCUUGGAUAUUUUUAUCCAGGUGGUGCCCUUGCAGGAGAAACUCACCCGUCACUGCCCUACUCUGGUGAUCCCUUCCCUGUGUGCCAUGUUCGUGUGCCACCGAGACCUGGAGCGCCCCACAGAGGCUUUCGAAGUUGGGGAGAAGGCUCUUCUCCACCUGCAGACCCGCUCUAGUCAUAGGUACUACGUCCCACUGCUGGAGGCUAUGAUCCACCUGGCCUACAUGUUGGGGAAGGACUUUGUAUCUUUGCAAGAGAAGCUGGAAGAAAGUCAGCUCCGGAAGACCCCAGCCAGAGGGAUCACCUUGAAAGAACUCACUGUCCGAGAAUACUUACACUAA